ACACGUCGUAGUCACUUCACUCCCUGUGAGGCGCUCUGCGCAGCUCAAGUUGAAGGCUGCUGAUCUUCACCGCGACACUUCAGGGAAGGCAAACCUGCGUUUUUAAAGAUAAACAAUGAGUUAUUUACACGCGUGAACUCCAGCAGACGCCUUUCCCCCCCGCACGGUUCAGCCUGAAAAAGCUUUAGAUACUAGUGAACAGACACACCGCGCAGCGAAGAUAGCGCACGGCGCACAGGGACAAGAUCAUGCACUGUCAAGCCGAGUUGAGGCUCUCCUCCCCCGGGCAGCUGAAGGCUGCCAGGCGGCGCUACAAGACUUUCAUGAUUGACGAGAUCCUCUCCAAGGAGACUUGUGAUUAUUUUGAGAAACUUUCUCUGUACUCGGUGUGCCCUUCGCUCAUUGUUCGGCCGAAACCUCUUCAUUCGUGUUCGGGCUCCUCGUCACUACGUGCCUACCCACUUCUCUCAGUGAUCACGCGGCAGCCUCCCAACCUGCCCCCCCACCUCCCUCAGCCGUCGUCCCCGGGAGGGGUCCCCUCGCACCUGUCUUUGCUCUCCCCGCAGCAUCCACGAGGCUCCGAGCCUUCGCCGAGCCAGACGCCCCUCAGCAUCAGCAGCGAGUCGGAAACAGAGCGCAGCACGCCCCGCCUCAAGAAGCCACGUCGCAGCCGCACCAUCUUCACCGAGCUGCAGCUGAUGGGCCUGGAGAAGAAGUUCCAGAAGCAGAAGUACCUGUCCACACCAGACAGAUUAGACCUGGCCCAGUCACUUGGCCUCACACAGCUUCAGGUGAAGACAUGGUACCAAAACAGACGCAUGAAGUGGAAGAAAAUGGUGCUCAAAGGAGGUCACGAGGCCCCGACUAAGCCCAAGGGAAGACCCAAGAAGAACUCCAUUCCCACCACAGAGGAAAUAGAGGCUGAAGAGCGAAGAAUGAAGAUGGAGGAAGAGGAGAGGAUGAGGAGGGCGGCCGAGGAAGCAGCGCUGACUCAUGGAGGAGAGGUGUCUCAGCUGGAACCCCAAGAUCUCAGUUCAGAAACUCACAAUCCGGCCAGAGCGAUGGAGGAAUCCGAGCGAGAGCUGCCGCUCCAGAUGCAAUCAGAGACUCACGCAGCCAGCUAAGCGAGAACAAAGCAACCAAAGACUAAUGACAACCUGAAAACAAAUAGUGCCUCAGGAUCACUGUAAAAAGCCUGUGUGGUGUUUAGAGCCAUUUACUUUAGGGAUUUGACUGGAAACAUAUCGGUGGUAUCCAACCUUUACCUAAUGUAGCCUUUUAUUUUUUGUGUACUGGAAAAUGUGCCAUGCAAAAGAGCUAACGUGCAUAAGACACUGAUUGCACUGGUUAAACUUUGGCCUUUGGUCCACAGUACAAGGAGUGUAAAUCUGUCAAAUCCAAACAGGUCAGUCAAGCCUUAAUCACAACACUGUGGCAUGUAUCACAGCAUCUACUCAUUAUGCUUUUCAGCCAUGGAAGAUCACACAUACCACUGAUCCUCAAAGCUGCCUCACAUAGUGCAUGUGCCAAAAUAUCAAACUCUGCCUUACUGUAGUGUCUCUAUGUAUUUAUGUACCAUAAAUCACUCCUCACUGCCAAAAACUAUCAUUUUAAACGGCUACAGUGCCUUGUCAGUCUCAGAGGAAAGCUUUUAAAGUGUUGAUAAACCUAACGAUCAAAUGCAAGUAUAUUUUUUACAGUGAUUUUUGACAAGUGCUGUUUUUCGGAGACAGAGUUGUAAAGUUUAGAAAAGAACACUUCUGAACACUGCUUAGACUGGAGUUCUCAGCUUUAAGGCACAAAUGUGUUCAUCAUUUGCUCAGUGACGCUUGCAUUUUUUUUUUUAACCUGAAAAAUCAAUAUUUCUGCAAAGCCAUACACUGUAUCAUACUGUAGAAAUGUGUAUAAAGUAUAAAAUAUAUGAUCUUUUGGCUAUAUAUGUAAAACAGUAUUUUUAACUGCUGUUUUAAAUUGGAUUUAAAUAGUUUGGAUGUAUAAUGUUACAGCCGCCCCUGAUGUUUUUUCCUCUUUCUGCCACGGGAGUCAGGAUGACUCUGCUUUCUGCCACGAGGCCUCUAAGACUCUUAAGCUGUCACAGUUUCUCAGAGGGAAUAAAUCAUCGCCUGUGCCAGAGAUGCACGGCAAAUGCUGAACAUUUAAAAUCUCAAAGACGUUUUUAGCUCGCAGGCUUGCAUGAGUACCCCAGACCUGCAUUAACGUAACACUGCCUUCAACUGUCUGUCACUGACUUCUCUGCGUACUUCAAACUCUACUUUCUGUCCUUGCAAAGAUUUGUAAUUUUCAAGAAGUUUCAUUUUUUGAAUUAUACAGAUUUAUUUUUAUUUGUUAUUGUUCCAUAUGAAAAGUGCAGUAUUUUUCUGAUGUAAAUAAUGCUUGUUUGGUAAGCCUGUUUGCUGUUUUUUUUUUUUUUUUUUAGGUUUGUGUAAAAUCAUUUUUACCAUAUACAAGUGUGUGUUUAUGUAUUUAAAUACACUUAAUAAAAUAGCUAUC